UCCUGGGCAGUUCCCAGUCUCUGCCCAUUAGAAUUCCCACUGAAUACACACCACAGAAUCUCUCAAUUACUUCUCUUGAUAUGAUUAACGCUUCAUGGAUCAAUAUAAUUGAGGGGAAUUCUGCAGUGAUCAUCUGCUAUGUCGAGAGCUUCCCAGCUUCUAAUCUGACGUGGCGACAUCUUAAUGUCCCAAUGAACAGAACAAGUUCCAACAAUGAGCUGUGGUUGGUGAUUCCUCACGUUACAUCCAGGGACACUGGAGACUAUCAGUGUGUGGCAGAGAAUGAACAUGGAGCAGUGGAGAGGUUCAUAACCAUCACUGUGGAAUAUGCCCCACAGAAUCUCUCAAUUACUUCUCUUGAUAUGAUUAACGCUUCAUCGAUCAAUAUAAUUGAGGGGAAUUCUGCAGUGAUAAUCUGCUCUGUCGAGAGCUUCCCAGCUUCUAACCUGACGUGA